ACACCAUUGAAAAUAUAAGGCGAAAGCUGGCAAAGUUUAGAGGCAAUGGAAUGCUUCAGAUUCCCCGUUUCAGCAUUUAUAUUUCCCGUGAUUGUUUUUGUCACUUCCUUCAUCUUCUUCUCGUCCUUGAAGGAACAAAUUUAUCUUAUCCAAUUCGCUCCUCGUUCAGCCCUUUCCACCGUCGAACACAACCACACAAACGUAACCUCACCCUCACCACCACUGUUGCACCCACUUCAACUUGUCUACAAUUUUACCCCUGCAAAUGAAACCUACAAUAAUACUAUUAAACACAGUGCCGUUCAGAAGAAAUUGAGUAGUUUGGAGAAAAUAGAACAAGGUCUAGCACAAGCACGAGCCUCAAUUCAGAAAGCUAUCAGGUCAAGCAACUAUACUUCAGCAAAGGAAGGAAUUUUUGUCCCCCAAGGAUCUAUUUACUGGAAUCCACGUGCUUUUCACCAGAGCCACAUGGAGAUGGAGAAGAGAAUGAAGGUGUGGGUAUACGAGGAAGGAGAGCAACCACUGGUGCAUGAUGGCCCAGUAAACAGCAUAUACUCUAUUGAAGGGCAAUUCAUAGAUGAAAUGGAUAAUGAUAAUAAGAGGAGUUCCUUCAGGGCAAGAGAUCCUGAUGAGGCACACGUUUUUCUCCUUCCCUUUAGCAUAGCUAACGUUGUUCACUACGUUUACAAGCCUAUCCUACAACGGUCUGAUUACGACCCUGUUCGCCUGCAGCGGUUAGUGGAAGAUUAUAUUGGUGUUGUUGCAGAUAAGUAUCCUUACUGGAACAGAAGCCAAGGUGCUGACCAUGUUCUACUUUCAUGUCAUGAUUGGGGUCCAAAAGUUUCACUUCGAAAUCCAAAACUCUUCAAAAGCUUCAUCAGGGCACUCUGCAAUGCUAACACAUCAGAAGGAUUUCAUCCCAAUAGAGACGUGUCCAUCCCUGAAGUGUAUUUACCGAAAGGAAAGCUAGGUCCACCUAGCUUAGGCCAACACCCAAACAACCGCAACAUAUUGGCUUUUUUUGCUGGCAGAGAACAUGGUGCAAUUCGAACAAUAUUGCUAAAUCAUUGGAAGGAUAAAGAUAAUGAAGUCCAAGUUCAUGAACAACUUCGAAAGGGUCAAAACUACACCAAAUUAAUGGGACAAAGCAUGUUCUGCUUGUGUCCUAGUGGAUAUGAAGUUGCUAGUCCUAGAGUGGUGGAAGCAAUUCAUGCAGGAUGCGUGCCUGUAAUCAUUUCUGACAAUUACUCUCUGCCUUUUAGCGAUGUGUUGAAUUGGAGACAAUUCUCAAUUGAGAUUCCAGUGAAGAAAAUUCCAGAAAUCAAGACAAUAUUACAAAGUGUUCCAAAAAAUAAGUAUUUGAGACUGCAUAUGAAUGUGUUGAGAGUUCGAAGGCAUUUUCUAAUUAAUCGACCAGCGAAGCCAUUUGAUCUGAUGCAUAUGAUACUUCAUUCAAUCUGGCUUAGAAGGGUAAACUUUAGGUUGAUUGGUUCAUAAUUGCUAGCUAUCUUUUUAUUUUUAUAAUUUUUUUUAAUAAUUAUUUCGGCUAAGUUGAGGUAUAUUUCAUGUUUGUAGUUAUUGAUCCUAGCUAGUUGACUUCUACUGUAAACAACGGAUGUAUAGUAUAAUUUUUGUAUAUUUGAUUUGAUUUGAUU